UACUAAUUUACUAGCAAAAUUUAACAUGUCAUAAAUCUCAUAAUCUAAGAGUUAUAACUGUUAUUUAAGCUCAGCUCAUCAAAAUAAAAAACAGAACUAUAACUGAAUUAAAUUGUAAUUCCAUUUGUAACCUACUCGCCUGAGCAUUAAAGUCUUCAACUUGGCUCAGACUCGUUGCUCUUAUAUAAACCCUUUACCCUCUCCUCUCCAACCAUCAACAAAGCCAAUCUAGCUAACCUUUUUCAGAUGUACAUCACAGAAGUGAGAGUUCCAAGUUUGCCAAUAACCAUGAUUAGAGAAGCUCAAGCAAUAUUUUCACUACUGCUAAUGGCAGCAUGUGUGGUAACUGUGCUGGCAGAUGUGCCACCAUCACCACCACCCCUGACCCUGCCAAAGAUCCCGGGCCUAGUGCCACCAGGGAUCCCAAGCCUAUUGCCACCUGGGAUCCCAAGCCUAUUGCCUCCAGGGUUCCCAGGCUUACUACCUCCAGGGAUCCCAGGGCUACUGCCGCCAGGGAACCCGAGUGACAUAGCAAAGUGUUGGUCAUCACUUCAGAACGUUCCAGGGUGCGCAUGGGAAAUUUAUACCUCAAUCUCUACUGGUAAAUUUGUAGUAGACCCUGCUUGUUGCAAGGCCUUCCAAGCAAUUGACCAGAAUUGCUUGCUGAAAAUGUUCCCAUUAUUUCCUUCAUUUCCUCCAUUGAUCAAGAGCAACUGUGCUAAGUAAAUGCUGCUGCUCCUAAAGCAGGUAAGUCAAAGCAGUAGUAGGCAGUUGUGAGGACAAUUCUUGCAGGAAAUAAGUUGCUUUAGUGA